CUGCUCUGUCUCAUUUAUGGAGGUGGUGAGGCAAUCCAAAUCUGUAGUUACUAUUUUAUCUGUGGUUUAACAUUUGUGUGCACAAAACAGAAGUGGAUACAAUAGGAACAGACAUCUCUCCUCUUCAGGGGCCUUUUUCUCCUAUUAAUGAUUGAAAACUGAGAGAAGAUUUUCCAACAUGCAGGGUGCAGGUGACUUUCUAAAUGUAUUCAACACUGAGACCAGCAAAAUAUCUGUGACACUCUUCCUCAUUUUUCUUGGUCUCCUCUACUGGUAUUCAGUCCAUCCCUUCUCAGUCCUCUCACGAUGUGGCAUCAAACAUCCGAAGCCAGUGCCUUUCUUUGGGAACUUAUUCAUGUUUCAGCAGGGUUUUUUCAAACCUCUGAAUGAUCUUGUCAAAACAUAUGGUAAAGUAUGUGGGUAUUAUUUGGGCCGGACACCAGUGAUAGUGGUAGCAGACCCUGAUAUGCUCAGACAAUUGCUGGUGAAGGACUUCAGCAACUUCCCUAACAGGAAUAAAUUUGUGUUUGCCAAAAAGCCUGUAUCUGAUUGCCUUCUCCAGUUAAGGAAUGAACAGUGGAAACGAGUACGGAGUGUCCUGACCCCAUCUUUCAGUGCUGCCAAGAUGAAAGAAAUGGUUCCGCUCAUCAACACAGCCAUUGAUACCCUGAUGAAGAAUUUGCAUGUCUACGCUGAGUCAGGAGAGGCCUUUGAUAUCCACAGAUACUUUGGCUACUUUACCAUGGAUGUUAUUGCCAGUGUGGCAUUUGCAACUCAGGUGGACUCGCAGAAUAACCCAGAUGACCCACUUGUCCAACACGCUCAGAUGGCCUUCACCAAUGAUUUCUUCAAGUCUGUCUUGUUACUUUUCUUUGCUUUUCCCUCCAUCAUGGCUCCUCUGUCGAGGUUCAUACCCAACAAAAGACGAGACAAGAUGAGUCAUUUCUUCAUUAACAGCAUUCACAAAAUCAUCAAACAGAGAGAGGAGCAGCCUCCUGAGCAGAGACGUAGAGACUUCCUUCAGCUGAUGUUAGAUGCUCGAACCACCGAAGAGUGUGUGUCAUUGGAGCGCUUUGACACUUCAAAUGACACCGAUGAGAUCAGUGACAACAACCAGCAGACCCAGUCUUCAGGCAAAGUUCAGGAAAAUGACCUUCCUCAUUCACAGGAGCCGUCUGUCAGGCGUCCACAGAAAAAGAUGAUGACUGAGGAUGAGAUUGUUGGUCAGGCUUUCAUCUUCCUCCUGGCAGGCUAUGAAACCAGUAGCAGCACUCUGGCGUUCACCUGCUACCUCUUGGCCCUCCACCCUGAAUGUCAACUCAAAGUACAGAAAGAGGUGGAUGACUUCUACACUAGACAUGACUCACCUGAUUACACAAAUGUGCAGGAGCUGAAGUAUUUGGACAUGGUUAUAUGUGAAGCAUUACGCCUCUACCCUCCUGUAUUCAGGUUUGCACGAGAAAUAGAUCAUGACUGUGUGGUGAAUGGUCAGCAACUUCCUAAAGGAGCAAAACUGGAGAUCCCUGCAGGCUUCCUCCAUUAUGACCCAGAACACUGGCCCGAGCCUGAGAAGUUCAUUCCUGAGAGGUUUACACCAGAGGCCAAGGCCAGUCGACAUCCAUUCGUAUACCUACCAUUUGGGGCUGGCCCCCGUAACUGUGUGGGAAUGAAGCUCGCCCAGCUUGAAAUCAAACUGGCUUUAAUGCAUCUGUUCCACAACUUCAACAUCACUGCCUGCUCUAAGACUGAGGUUCCUCUUGAGUUGAAGUCGUUAAGCACUCUUGGUCCUAAAAAUGGUGUUUGUGUGAAAAUUUCCAGAAGGAGCAAGUGAGAUUGUCUGCUGACUUCUCUAUCGAAUGACUGGAUCAUUUUCACCAGACUGCAAAAUAAGUUCAACUGUCUUAGUUCAAGUUAAUCCAGUACUUGGGAGAUGCUUGAAAAAUCACAACAUUGAAAUAUUUUAGAUUUGAAUGUACUAAAUAUAAUAAGGGAUUUACUGCAGAUUCAUUCAAAUGUUUUAGAAAAUAUUAACUAUAAUUUUGUGACUGGAACAGUUUGACAAUUUACAUAUCAAAUGGAAGGAAUGCCACAUGAGAAAAUAUUUCACAAGAAGAUUUUCUGUAUUGAUGCACAUAUAUAAAUAGACACUUUAUUGCAGUUUUUAUGCGCUUGUUGUUUAAAACAUUGAAUGAAUCAUUUUUUACAGGAAAGUUGAUCCGAUUAAUCACUCACUGUCUCUUUCAAACAGUGUGAGGAAUUGUGACCGGCAGCCUUAUGAUUUCAGUCCUGAUUUUGAGGUUUUCAGUGCUGUCUGUCAGCAAAAUAGCACAAAUAAUCAAAUGGCUCCAUUCCAUGAUAUUUGGCAAAAAGAUGGAGCAUAUGUAAAGGAGGCACAUGCUAAUUUUGCCACAUUAAAUCCCGACUGUUAUUCA